AUGUUUUCUUUUGUUUUAUCCCCUGGAAAAAAAAAGGUUUCCUUGCGAUGGCCGACGUCGAUCGCAGUGAAUCCCCUGGACAACUCGCUGAUCUUCGUGGAUGAAGAGUCGGUGCUGCAGCUGAGCCAAGACGCCCAAAUCACCACCGUGUUGGGCAACGUGUUCAAGUGCCAGGGCCAGCACGACGCGUCAGUCGGCCGUCGGUCCCCGGGCCCCGUCACUGCCGUCACCGUCGAUUCCCGCGGGAACCUGUACGUGGCCGGCAAGUCCGCGACAGGCGACACUUUCCUGCUCGAGCUGGACACCGCAGGCGCCACUAGGAAUCUCCUGAGCCAGGAAUCCGCCGCCUGUUCGUGCGAUGACGUGCCCAAGAAGAACGUGACCUGUUCGCAUUCGACGAGGUGCGCCGUGCGGCGGUUUGAGCGCAGAAGCCAACGGAAGCCGCUAUCUAUUCAGUUGAACCAUAUCUUCCAACCGCUGACGAAUCCGGAGAUUUUUGGAUUCCUUACGCCCCGACGCGGGAACUUACACGUUCUUGUUGCUGACGAAUCCGGAGAUUUUUGGAUUCCUUACGCCCCGACGCGGGAACUGUACGUUUUCAAUCGUUACGGUCUGCACAUUGCAACCAAGGACAUCAUCACCGGGAAAAUCCAGUACACGUUCUUAUACAGCGUCAACACCAGCUUCGGUAAACUGAACAAAGUUACUGACGCUUCGGGCAACAAAGUCUCGUUCAUCAGAGAUUACCGGAACGAAGUUACGACGAUCGAGCUGACUGACGGCCACAAGUACCAGGUGCAAGUGUCCAGACGAGGACUGCUCGAGCGGCUGUCGUGUCCUGAGAAUCGGGAGUAUAGAUUCGAGUACAAGGCGGAUCACGACUCCGGGUUGCUGGUGUCGAAAACUGUGGCCGAAGCCGGGUCCACGUCGCAUGUCUACGAUUACGACGAGUCUGGAAAGUUGGUAGGAGUGACGACACCGACGGGCCGCAGACUCGAAUUGGCAGCAUUCAUUCAGCCGGGCGAAAAGCCCUAUGUUGUGUGCAACAUCGAUGGCGACGAAUUCACAAUCCGGAUCGAACGGAAUGCGUCUCGCGGCGUCUUCGACGAUGCCUCGAAAACUUAUGGAACUUCCCUCGGGUUCAUUUUGCUCAACCCCAUCCCGAAGUCUCUUCUCUUUUUUUUUUUUUUUGGACAUCGGCGACUGGUAACCCCUCCGUGCCCGGCUGGUGGGGAUCUUUCUUUCCUGUCCAGAUGUUUCUUGUCUGGUCGGCGCAUGGAUUCCGACUUGGAAGGAGGCGUGCUUUGUGACGUGAAAAGCUGGGUGUCGAGGUACGCAAACGGAUCGUUCGUGUUGCAACACUCGACGGACGUGUCGUUGCGUGGUCGGGCUGCGGCGGAUCAUCCCGUGCUGAAAUCGUCGCAGAGUGUCGAGGCUCAGGUUUUUCCCUUGCCGCAAAACCAAACAGUAACGUUUGGCACUGUCGACAAUGAAGUGUCGUCAGUGUGGAACAUCGACGUCGAACAGUCUGAGGAACCCUGGCGGAUCCGACGUCUACUCAAGAUAAAUGGAAGUACGACUCUGACGACGGAGUACGACAGAUCGCGAUUGAUGGAGACUCUGUACGACCCCGCGGACGAAGUGGUGUUCAGUGUGCAAUACAACGGGUCGGGAAGACCAACAGAGUGGAUCCCACGGGGCCAAAAACCCGUCGGCAAGGACUGGGAGGCGUCCUCGAGCCGCCAGGGCGCCGGACUGCCGUUGCUGUUGCAUCACGACAGCCUGGGACGCCUCGUGGGCUGGCGAUGGAUCACGAUCGGACGUCGGCUAAGCCGUGACAGUCGGGGAAGGAUCGUCGAAGUUGUCGGUUCUGACGGACAAGCAGUUCGAUACGACUACAAGGACUCGAAAGAAGCAUGGGGAUUCCAGCCCGUAGCGGUGACGACUCCCAGUGGACGGAAGUACACAUACUCGUACGAUGCCCGAGGCGGCUUGGACGCCAUUUACACUCCGAAUCGCGGCAAACACAAAUUCCUGCUGGAGCCCACGAUCGGCACGUUCAAAUUUUCCUACUUCCCGCCGGGUUCCGACGACCCGUACCUAACAUACCUGGACGAAGAGGGACGCGUCCACUUGACCGCCUUGCCCGGAAACGGCGGCAAAGUGCUCUACGAGUACGGGAAAGCGCAGCGAUUGCAAAACGUGCUCUACGGCGGCGGCAGUGUCAGCUACCGAUACGUCGACGGCAUUGUCGACGGCAUCGAGCAAGCCAGUCGACACUUUACGAGCCAGAUCACGUUCAGAUCGCUGGGAGCAUUGCCGAAGGAAAUAAAGACAGACUUCAAUUCGAGAAGUGGCCUGGCAGACUCCAAGUUCCAGUAUUCCUGGGGCAGCGACCUUCGGUUGCGUCGGAUCGACGGUCGCAUCGGCGGAAAGCGACUGCGUGACAUCCGCAUCGAAUACGAUCGUCAGACGGGUCAAGUGAAGAAGUUCGGGCCUUUCAUGCGGACGAGGUCAGAGUGGAACGUGGGCGCCGUGACGGACGGGGUUGCCACUUUCGUCAAGACCUUCGACGCCUAUCAUCGCGUGUCCAGCUCGGCGCUCACGAUCGGCGGCGUUCUCGUGUUCCGCGAAGACUUUGCCUACGACAGUGUCGGUCGAGUCGAGAGUUCCAGAGUCGAGUCUCGCAGUCUCGGUGGCGCCGAGGCGACUUUCACGCAGACUCUCAAUUUCACUUACGACGCCGACGGGCAGUUGACGCAGGUCGAGUCUCAGGAGCCCUGGAAAUUCACCUACGACGCCAAUGGCAAUUUGAUGUCGCUCCAGCUGAAGCAAACCGACAUCGCGAUGCAAACUCGUGACGACCGAUUGACGAAAUUCGGCCAGGGCACUUACCGGUACGACGAGCGAGGCUUCGUCGUCCAAAACGCGGCCGAGGCCCAGUUCUCCUACGAUGGACGCGGACUGCUCAUGUCCGCGCAACGACCCGAUCGGUUCUUCGUGGAGUACGAGUACGACCACCUGCACCGACUGGUCCUGCGUCGAGACCACCUGGGCAACGUGACGCAGUUGUUUUACGCGUCGCCGCAGAAGCCGAGACUCGUCACGCACGUGUUUCACCCCAAGGAGAACCGCCUGACGUCCUUGUUCUACGACGAGAGCGACAACGUCGUGCUCGUCGAAAUGGAGGAAGAGAAGUUCUACGUGGCGACGGAUGCGUGCGGGACGCCCGUGAAGGUGUUCGACGCCCGGGGGGCGGUGCUCAGGGAGAUGAUUCGAGGGCCGUACGGGAAAAUAAUGUGGGACUCGAACCAGCGACUUCAGAUCCCGGUGGACUUUUGUGGAGGAAUACUGGAGCCGCUGACGGAAAUUGUGCACAUGUCUGAGGGCAGGGUUUAUGACCCCGUGAUCGGUCAGUGGAUGACCCCCGAUUGGCAAGCCGUGACGACCCGAGUCGCUCGGCCGCACUUGCUGCACUUGUACAGAUUCAACGGCAACGACCCAAUCAACUACCGUCGUCAAAUGGGCAAACCCGAAGAUCGUUUCGGCUGGAUGGAGCGACUGGGCUACUCGCCGCAGAGUCUGAACCCGCAGUUGUUUUUCGCGGAUUCCCUGCUCACCUCCAGCAUUCCGUCCUCGUCCAGUUUCUACGAGUUCUUCAACCUGUACUUCCCAACAUCGGCGUCCGUCCGCAGCCGAUCCUUCCUCGCAUCCGCCACCAACGCCCGAGUGGCGCCCCGCUCGGGCCUCCUCUUCCGCGCCCGGGAAUUCUCGCUGGACGCCGCGUCCGUGGCGUCCUCCACCCCGGAAUCCGCCAUCGGAUCCGCCUUCCAAGCACCCGAAGACUGGUCGCCGAGAGUGUCGUCGAGUGACGGACCCCUGGGCGCCGGUGUCGUCAUGUCACGGACGCCGGGCCGCGCCUUGGUCCGCGCCGCCAACGCAGCCGGCGCCCAACUCGCCGCCGUUUUCGCCGGCGUGCUCAACAACUCCGAGCUGCUCGAUUUGCAUUUGCCGGCGCCGACGACGCACAAGGAGCGCUUCUUCUUUGCCAAACCCGACGCCGGGUCGUUGAGCGAGGAUCAGGCGGCACUGCGCUCCCGAGCCGGCAAGGCGGUGAAUGUGACAACGUCCCCCGGGGGUGGGAAAGUUUACGACGUCGUCAUCGAGACCGAGUCGACGGAGCUGCAUAUUCGCUACGGCGACACCGGGGACAAGCUCCGCCACAAGCUGUUGCGACAGCUGAGGAAGGACACCGGGGAUGCUGCGUGGCGGCGAGAGAAAGACGCGGCGGAGCGAGGGUUGAGGGGCGCCACUGCGUGGGCGCCGUCGGACUUGACGGAGCUCCGCGACGUCGGGUUCGCGUCGGAUUUCGAGUUUGCGUAUUUCCACGACGCGGCGACGUAUCCGCUGCUGGCCGACGACGUGAUCAAUGCCAGUUUCCAGAGACGGCGGCGAAGAGGCGGAAAGUCGGCGCGAAGAUGAAGAAGAAGAAGAAGUUGAUGGCGGUGUUCUUUUUUCUGUUUUUUUUUUUUUUGCAAUCCGUGUGAUAAGUGUGUUUGCUGUUGUUUCCCCUCGCCAUUUCUUUUUCAAUAUCCGUGUCAAAUGCGAUCAGAUCUGGUCGGUUUUACAAUGUGUCACCUGAUUCUAAGAUUUUUUCAAAAUUUCUGAAAAAAAUUGAAAACAAUGACGCUUCACGUAUUCAUGGAAUUUCUGAGGAAGCCAUUUUUUUUUGAAUUCACAAUAAUUUAACGGAGUUUUCGCCACAUUUUUGAUGACCCUUGAAUUGAUGGUUUUGCUCUUUCGAAGUUCUGAUGAUGAGAGGCAAUCUGAAGGGAUGAUGCGUUGCUCUAAAUUUCGAGGUUUAAAUAUUUUUUCUUGAUAAACUGCUGAAACUGACGUUUAAUCUUUCAGUGAUUUUUGGUUCUCAUUUGAAUUAAGGCAGUCAAGAUUUGUCGUGGCAAAUUAUGCGCAAAAUUUACGUUAUUUAUUGCUGCAAUUCUGAACUACAUUUUCGUGAUGGUAAAUCGUCUUUUCCCUGAUCUGGAUGCUCGCUUCGUUCUUAAUUUUUAUUUUUUAAAUUUAUUUGCGACAAUUUUAGGAAUUUAUGACGUAAGCCUCUUCUAAUUUGAAGUUUUAAAAAUAUUUUACCGCUGUGUGUACUGCCUUCUUUGAACAAAUUCUUAAAAUUAGGUUUCGUCUGUGGGUCCUAGGAAUAUGUGAAGCGUCGACUUUUCUUUUUGCUUAAAACUAGAUUUCAAUUCUUGGCAUCUAAAAAAAAAUCAUAAUUCAUGCUGCCAAUUUUUAUAUUUUUGCUGAUGCACAAACUUGGGGAUUUUUCGUGAUUUUUUCUGAAGGGUCUGUGACUAAUCGGAGAUUUUUUUUUUCUUUUUAUCUGAUUUCCUGACGAUGCUGAAAGCUUGGGUUGUCUUGAGUUUUGUUCCAGAGCUUUUUGAUGAUUCAAUAUCAAGAGAUUGUAAAUGUCAGGGCUGUUUUUCGAUGCUGAAUGACAAGAUGCAAGACUUGUCUCUUGACAUUCGAUGAAGCCUUUUGGCUGGUGCCAUUUCAUCUUCCGAUUUUUUCUUUGUUUUGUUGGUUCAGGCCGAUGGAUUUGAAAUGUCCUGGGCAGCGAUAAUUGAAUGAGCUUGUCAAAAUCCAACAACCCCCUCCCCGCGGACCCUUCGUGUUUUGGCGAAUCAGAGGUGUAUUGAUUCUUUUUUUGUGUUCGGUGGGAAGCAAUGUUUCGAUGUUUGGCGAUUUUUAUCUCUCGCCAAAAAGUGUUGAUUACGAUGAUGAUGAUGUUUCUCUGUCUGGCGAAAGAAUCGUUUUCUGUAGCCAAAAAAAAAACGAGCAAACUGUGAUAUGAUCGAGUGUGGUGUUUCAAAAUUUUUGCGCUCCGCUUUCUUUUUUUUUUUGGGUUGCCAUUUUCUUCUCCAAGUGCGCGAUCGGAAUUUUUUCGGGAGGGUGUUUCGGAUGUUUUUUUAAAUCUUACCGGAAUUGAUGAUGACCACUUGUUGAUCGGGUUUCUUCGCGAAGUUUUCAGCCGUUCCGGAAUUUUCUGUCUCUCGUUCCCACCUGUCCGAACGCUUCCGAACUUCGUUUAUUCCGGAGACGCUGAUUUCGGAACGAAGCAAAAGAAAAUGUGUCGCUUAUUUUUGUUUCUGCUUCGUGCGAAGAACCGCGGAGGAAAAACGAGUUUUGAAUUUUUAGGGAAUCAAUUUUCGCGCGUUGAUGGACGAUAAGAAUGUUUUUAAUUCAUCGUCGUCCCGUCCUUGUCUCAUUCUCCCGAGCGGAAGUGAAGAGAGAAAACUCCCGUUUUAAAACCCGGCUUUCGAGCGAAUUUUAUUCGGCGACGUUGGAAAAAGUGUUGCGACGUUUUUGCGCAUUUCGUGUCCGCGAAGACAAACUUCCUUUCUAUUCGGGAAACAAAACCAACGGAAUGAAAUAAUAAAAGGACGAGAUUUUUUUUCGUGUCCCAA